AUGGCCAACAGCACCCAGGAAAACGAAUUCGAAGGGCUUGUGCUCAAGGACAUGAUCCCAACGGGCCGCAAGCCCUGGUACAAAGAUGGCACGCUCCUCAAGCUCAACACGCUGCUGCUGUGCGCGCUCCUCACGCAAACCGCCACGGGCUUCGACGCCAGCAUGAUCAACGGCAUGCAGUCGCUGCCCAAGUGGCAGGAGUUCUUCGGCCAGCCGACGGGCUCGCGACUGGGCGCCAUGACCUUUGGUCCGACCGGAGGUGUCCUGAUAUCCGUCUUGGUUUCGUCGCAGCUCUGCGACAUCUUUGGGCGGCGAUACCCGAUUCUCGGCGGGUCGUUGAUCAUCAUCUUUGGCUCCAUCAUACAGGCUGCCUCUGUCAACUAUGGCAUGUUCGUCGCUGCUAGAUUCUUGGUUGGAUUCGGCCUUGGAAUCGUCUCGGUGGCUGCGCCUCCUCUGCUCUCCGAGGUAGCGUACCCAACUCACCGCGGCAAACUGGUCUCAUUCUAUCUCACAUCGUGGCCACUUGGGUCGCUGAUCGCUGCGUGGACUACGUACGGCAGCUUUCAAAUGCACAAUUCCUCCUGGAGCUGGAGACUGCCCAGUCUCUUGCAAUGCGUCUUCUCCGUCAUCCAGGUUGUGCUCAGCCUAUUCGCCCCGGAAUCCCCUCGAUGGCUCAUCUACAAGGGCCGCAGCAAGGAAGCCUUUGACUUCUUUGUCAAGUACCACGCCGAUGGCGACGUCAAUUCACCGCUGGCGCGAUUCGAGAUGGCAGAGAUCACGGCGACUUUGGAGAUGGAGAAGAUCCAACAGAAGUCGCGCUGGAGCGAGUGGGUGUCCUCCAAGGGCAACCGACAUCGACUCUUCCUCGCGCUCUACAUCCCGGCCAUGAUGCAGCUUUCAGGCAAUGCUUUAACCAGCUACUACCUGGCAAAGGUGCUCAAGUCCAUCAACAUCACCAACUCCCGAACCCAACUCAUUGUCAACGGCUGCCUUUCCCUCUGGGGCUUCCUUGUGGCUUGCGUCUUCGCCUCACUCGUCGACAAAGCCGGUCGUCGUCGUCUAUUCCUCUCCGGCAUGCUAGGAAUGGGCUUGACAUACAUCGUUUGGACGACUUGUUCUGCACUCAACCAGGAGACCGGCUUCAAGAAAACUGGCUAUGCUGGCGCGGUUCUGGCCAUGAUCUUCCUCUACUCAGCCUUUUACCACGUCUGCUCUCCCGUCCCGCCGACUUACAUCAUGGAAGUGGUGCCGUAUUCACUGCGAUCGAAGGCGUCUAUGCUCUACCAGUUGACGGGCAAUCUUGCCGGCAUCUACAACAGCUUCGCCAACCCGGUCGCGAUGGACGCAAUUGGCUGGAAGUACUACAUUGUGUGGUGCGUCGUCAUCUUCUUCCACCUGACGCUCAUUUACUUCUUCUUCCCGGAGACCAAGGGCCGGGGUCUUGAGGAAGUGGCCGUGGUUUUCGACGGUCCGGACGCCCUUGUGGGUGCCAAUGCGAUGAAGCAGAUGGGUAUGGAUGUCAAUGGAGAUGACGCUCUGGCGUUUGGCAAGGGCAAGACCGCGACGGAGCAGGUGGACCGAGUUUGA